AAAAAGUUCUCCAGCAAAGUUCUUCCCAGAUUAGCAAAUGGAUCCACCUGCAGCAUCAAGUGCACCACUGCUCGGCCCUCAUCCGCCAGGACCAGCUCCUCCCCCGGGACCAGAUGGAGGAUGCUGCAGUUGCCUCCUGUGGCUUCUGAGCUGCUUUGGCUUAUGCGGAAGCUGCUGCCCUGACCCUGGGCCUCCUCCUCCUUAGAGCUGCACUGCACUGCACUUGCCAAAGAAAGGAUGUGUCUUUGUUAGAAUGAUUGAAAUUUGCAGCAUCCUUUGAAACUAUGGUUCCUUUAUCUAAAGCAUUCGUGUGCCUGUUGUGUAGCUAGCAACUGAGGUGAACAGUUGCAUAAUGUUGUGUGGAGUUUAAUGUACUGCCAGUUUCAUUUCUCAAAUUCUUGUGUUUAAAAAAGUGAAACUAUUUCA